AUAUUUGUUGUGACUGUGCGGUUGAUUUCAUUCUUUUGCUUUGAAAUAGCGAUGAUAUACACCGGAGACCCGUUUUGUUGAUUGAAGAAGCUUUAAUUUUGAUAAAUCGUUAGUGCUGCUUCGUUGCUAAUUAACCAUGUCAAAACAGGAUGGGUUUAUUGCUGACAAGAUUAAGAAGGCUGAGAAGAGAGUUGAAGUUUCUCCACAUGACACUGAGGCCUGGAGCGUGCUCAUCAGAGAUGCACAGCUCCGUACAACGGAGCAAGCCAGACCAGUGUAUGAGAGACUGGUGACACAGUUUAGCAAUUCGGGACGAUACUGGAAGAUCUACAUCGAACACGAGUUGAAGUCCAAGAACUAUGAGCGAGUGGAAAAGCUGUUUCAGCGCUGCCUGAUGAAGAUUCUCAACAUCGACCUCUGGAAGCUCUACCUGACCUACAUCAAAGACACAAAAAGCAAGCUCCCCUCGUACAGAGAGAAGAUGGCGCAGGCGUACGACUUCGCCCUCGACAAGAUGGGCAUGGAUAUCAUGUCCUUCUCAGUAUGGUCAGAUUACAUCAACUUCCUGAAGUCUGUUGAUGCGGUGGGCUCGUAUGCAGAGAACCAGCGUAUCACGGCCGUGAGAAAGGUGUUCCAGCGUGGAGUCAUCAACCCCAUGAUCAACAUUGAACAGCUCUGGAAGGACUACGGACACUACGAGAAUAGCAUCAACCCCCUUAUUGCCAAGAAAAUGAUAGAGGACCGCAGUCGUGACUACAUGAAUGCCCGGCGCGUCUCUAAGGAGUAUGAGGUCGUCACACGAGGUCUCAACAGGAACUUGCCAUCUGUACUUCCCAAAAACACACCAGAGGAGGCUACACAGGUGGAUCUAUGGAAGAAAUACAUCAACUGGGAAAAAGAAAAUCCACUGAGAACGGAAGACCAGGCCCUCAUUACCAAAAGAGUGAUGUUUGCGUAUGAGCAGUGCUUGCUGUGCCUGGGUUACCAUCCCGAUGUGUGGAUAGAGGCGGCCAAUUAUCUCGAACACUCCAGUCAGAUACUCACAGAAAAAGGGGACCAGAAUGCAGGCAAGCUGUUUGCGGACGAGGCUUCUAACCUAUAUGAGAGAGCUAUCAGCACCAGUAUGAAGGGAAAUAUGCUCAUAUACUUCGCUUUUGCUGACUUUGAAGAGAGUCGUAUGAAGUAUGAAAAAGUCCAUUCCAUCUACAAGCGUUGUAUUGCAGCUGAAAAUAUUGAUCCCUCAUUGGGUUACAUCCAGUACAUGAGGUUUGCCCGUCGGUCAGAGGGUAUUAAGUCUGCUAGGACGGUGUUUAAACUAGCGAGGGAGGAUACACGUUCCACCUAUCAUGUGUUCAUGGCGGCCGCUCUCAUGGAGUACUACUGCAGCAAGGAGAAGACGAUAGCUCUGAAAAUAUUUGAACUGGGCUUGAAGAAGUUUGGAGAUAUUCCGGACUACAUCAGAUCAUAUGUGGACUUUAUGUCACAUUUGAAUGAGGACAAUAACACAAGAGUACUCUUUGAGCGAGUUCUAUCCUCAGGGCAGAUUCCACAUGAAAAAUCUAUAGACAUAUGGAGUAGGUUUUUGUCAUUUGAAUCUGAAGUAGGAGAUCUUGCCAGUAUCCUUAAGGUGGAGAAACGAAGGUCUCAGGCCAUUGAAAAGUUCGAGGAGUUUGAAGGGAAGGAGACGGCCCUGCUGAUAGAUAGGUACAAGUAUAAGGACCUCUACCCCUGUACACAGUCCGAGCUCAAGGCCCUUGGAUACCAUGACCUUGUUCGCAAGCAAGUGGUUGACAUGCCGACAAGUAGAGUUGCCAAGAUUGUACUAGAGGCAGAGGAGAAGAGACCAGAGUAUCCAAAACCUGACCUUGGACAGUGGCUGCCCUUUAAACCAAAAAUACUUGUCCCUAAGGAUGCCCACAUAGUGCCUGGUGGAGUGUUCCCGCCCCCUGAUGGUGCUGCCUCUCUCAUGAAGAUGAUGCCACCUCCAGAAUGCUUCCAUGGUCCAUUUGUGAUUAUAGACAAAUUCAUGGAACACUUCAACCAGCUUGAAAUUCCUGAUGGUCCAACAGGGGAAAACGGCUAUGAUGGACCAAUAAAGUAUGAUGCUGGUACGUUGUUAUCGCUGGAGUAUGCGUCCGGUCGCAAGAGAAGAAUUACAGAGGGAGAGGGAAGUGAUGAUGAAGAAUCAUCAAGCGGCCCUGCUCCACCCAUAAACGAUAUUUAUCGCAGUCGACAACAGAAACGGGCAAAGUGAGAGCAUUAAGUGGAAAUUUUGGAUGGAAUAUAUAAUUUGGUACUGAGUACCUGUUGGUUGCGAAGGAACUACGGCGGAUAGGAUAAAUGGUUUUGGUGACAAGUGUCAAAAGCAAAGGGUGUGGAAAGUUUCUUGAUAAAUUCACAAUUCUUCUUGAAUAAUUAGAAUGCUAGGAAAAAAACGAAAAUCAUAUUUAAUAUUUUCUGGUAUGAAAAUCUCCCUAAAGUUUUUGUUAAGAGACAGUCUUUGCCUGUAUUGAUUUCAUUAUCAAGUUGGCUGGCAGCAGAAAGAACUGGGAGUAGUGAAAUGUCUAAUUCUUGAUAUUUUAGCAUUGUUUUGAAAAGAAUGCUUGUUGUUUAAGACGGUUGUUUCUUGGAAAAUACGACAAUUUUUUAUACUGUGAAAUAAAACGAUUCUU